AAAGACGGCUUGGAGCAAUCCAAAUUGGCCACUGAGCAAGGCUAAAGUCUCUUUACACUAAACCUUCACCUAUAUCAUCGACCAAGGAUUAACCUAAUAAUAGUAGCAAGAGUGGGUAUUUGGAAAACGACAUGCGAAGAGGACAUGGCUUAAACGCUGACAGGUAUCUUCGAUACAAUAAAUACUAGCAUACAACGAAGAAUUCAAAUCGUAUGAAGGCUAUUUCUGAGCUAAAUGUCCAGAAAGGCGAUCUUUCAUUCUUGACCUUCCACGACUACUCCAGUUGUGUUCCGCAUCAAUUGUCAACUAUCGGUCAACCCAGCGUUGUAAUUGUAGGGUGUACAAUUGAUUCAACAUGUAUUGCCGUUAGCCACAAGAUAAACUCACUAUCGUGAACGACAUCAAAUCCUACAUUCUAGUAAAAUAUAGGCACACAGAUUGGCAAACAGGCGUAGAUCAUCCAAUCUAACUUUACUAUCGAUUUCAGUGUCAUCAAUUGAAGAAAAUAAGUUUGAAGGUAUUUGAUGGAUGUGAUGCGAAUCAAAGAGAUCUAGCUAGGCGAUAAGUGGGAUUGCACGGAAUCGAACAAAGCCAAAGGCCGGAUGUUGCGGUACAGUGGAAAGAGAUCCUAUCUACGCAUUAACUUUUCUAGCUUGCAAUCAUAGACCAUUCAGUAUAAAAUCUUUGCUACCCCUAGAAAAAGUAGAAACAAGGCAAUAGAAAGUAAAAAAAAUUCCCACCUCUUUCAGUGGGACUUUUUUUUUUGAUUGCAUGAUUCACCGGGUUUUGGCAAAUUGAAGCACUUAUCGAUGAUAAUAUUG